AUGCAAGAGACAGUGGAACGGGUGAACCGGGACUUGUUCUACAAGGUGGCUUCGGAGCUUGAAAAGGAACGUCUAGAGGCCGCUAUCCAAUUGAUCAAUGAGAUCAGCAGCGUGGAUCCCGAAAGCGGAGCCAAGGAGUGGGAGUAUGUCCUAGAUAGGCUUAUUAAAGGUCUUGCGUCUAACCGUGGUGGGGCAAGACUCGGUUUCUCGAUGUGCUUGACGGAAGUCGUGGCACUAGCGUUGGAUAAGGGUGCUUUAUUGAGUAGCAUCGAUGAGUUUUUGGACAGGUUAGACCAAACUCUUGGUGGUAAGGAUGGCGUUAAGAACGGGAAGGAGGAGCGUGGCCUAUUGUUUGGUCAAAUGUUUGCACUACAAGCUCUUUUAAACGAGCCAGUAUUCUCCAAGGUGUUCUUGACCAAGUCCAAUUCAGGCCUAAAUAUCGAGUUUUUACUCAAGUUUUUGGAAAAAUUGAUCCAUUUGGCUCUUUUGAAGACCUGGUUGAGGGAGCCUUGUCUCUACAGUGUUUACCAGACUAUUCGUAAGUGUGAGCAAUGGUUACGCGAAGAUCCUGUGAGCAUUAAGCUUAUAUUGGGUCUCUUGGACGAAAACAAAUUGACCCUUACAAACGAGGGUUUGUCGAUCUACUUAAUGUUCAACAAUAUGCGUUCCAAGUAUGCAUCCAGUCUUUCUUUGAAAAAUGCAGGCUGGAAGAACAACGAUCCCUUGUCUAAGGGUAACGUUCAGUUGUUGGCAACUGUUCUUAAAGACGUGGUUCCAGUGGAAAAAUCAGAUUUAAAACAAAAGGGAAACUGGUCACCAAGAUUACACUACGUUUGGGACAUGUUACUUCCAUUACUUGAAGGUGAAGAAGAUCAGGAAGAGGAAACAGGACAUGUUUCCAAAAAGAGAAAGAAGAACUCGAAGUCUGGCUCGUCAUCAUCAGUUUCUGGGGACCGUUCCGGAAGAAUUUUGUUCCCUGAGUUCUGGCAAGCUGUUGUUGAUGAAUCUUUCUUCAACGAAAAGGCGUCCAACGAAAGAAAAUAUCUUGGGUUCCUCAUUCUAGAAAAGGCAGUCCAAAUAUGUUCUGCAAAGCAUGUCUCUGUGUUAUUGUCUCAAAAUAUUGUGAGAUGCAUAAUCAACCAAAGCCAAAACUCUCAAAGAAUGUUGAACAAAAUUGCAAAUCAGACACUAAAAACAAUCACUGCUGAAUGUGAAAAGACUCCUGAUAAAGUAGAACCAUUAGUUCGCGUGCUAUGGUUUGGGAAGAAUGGUACCAUCAACUUUGACAAGCUCUCAAAAAGAAAAUUUGUCGAUACUCUAUUGACAACGUCGACUUUGGACAAACAUAAUUUGAUGGAUCUGGUAACGCUCUUAAUAUCACAACUUCCAGAAGAUCAAUCAACCAACGAGAAGUUAAACUUGUCAAGGUUCAUAUUUGACACCCUGUUACACCUGACUAGGGCUCACAAGGCACGUGCAGAAAGUAGAUGGGUCAAGCCUAUUUUAUCGACCAUUGUCGAUGCAGCCUUUUUCAACAGUUCAGAGAAUACCAAAUUGUCUGAAUUAGCAAAAGAACGUCUAUACUCGAUCCUUGGAGAAUUGAUCAAUACUUCAGUAACGGAAGGUGAUGAUACCACAUCAUGGCCAUAUAUUGCUUUACAAACCAUUUUAGAAAAGCAAUCUUCCGGAUCGACACUUUCUACCGAUCUGGAUGAGGAAUUGAAGGCGAUUAGUAACUCUGCUGUACAAACGCUCACAGAUAUUCAUUCUAAAAAUAAGAAAAUGAAAAACUCCAAGUUGGGUGGAUUGGAACUUCUUCUUUCCAUGGCAAUUCUACAGUUGUACACUGGUGAUGAGGAAUCUGUCUCCAUUUUGCAAGACUUGAUAUCAUUCUACGAACAAUCUAAUGAGGAAUCCACAGACUUGGUCGGUAUUACUGAGAUCUUAUUGUCUCUUGUCGCCCAAAGAAAGUCGUUGUUGAAGAGAUUGAGUUUGAUUGUCUGGGAAUCCUUUGUACAAGAUAUCGGAGAACCAGAACUAGAUGUUUUGCUUCAAACUUUGACUGCCAGAGAAAACAAGCAAGGUUUUGCAGCUCUUUUCGAAGGUGAAGGUGAAGGUGAUGAGAGCAAUGAGGAAGAAGAUGACGACGAGGAAGAGAUCGAAGAGGAUGGUCUCGAAGAUGAAGAUGAAGAUGAGGACAUGGAAGACGACGAUUCUAGCAACGAUGAUGAGAUAUCAAGUGAUGAUGCUUCUGGAGAUUUAGAGAAGAUUGAAAAAGAGACAACCAGCGCUUUAGCUAAGGCAUUAAACUUGCCUGAGUCCAUAGUUGGAGAAAAUGGUGAGGUUCAGCUGGGACAAAUCGAUGAUGAAGAUGAUGACAACGAUGAUCUAAGUGAAGAAGAAGAAGAAGAAUCUAUGGAUGACGAAGCAAUGAUGCAGUUAGAUGAUCAACUAUCCCAGAUCUUCAAACGUCGUAAAGAGGCUUUGAAUACAAUUCCAACAGGUAACAAGAGAAAGUUGGAAGUCCAGGAAUCGCGUGAAAACGUUAUAUCUUUCAAACACAGAGUAGUUGACAUGUUGGAAAUCUACGUAAAGAGCGUUGAACAACUCGAAGACAAAACUGAAAAAUUGCAAAAUAUCUUGAUGAUAAUCAUGCCUUUGUUAGAAUGCUUGAAGCAAACUUUGGACAAAUCUUUGGCCGACAAAUGUGCCAGAUUGAUGAAAUUGAGGAUAUCCAAGUUGAAGAUUCAUAACAACAAGGGUUCGACUGCUGAAGGUGAUGCUCAAUCUCUAGCUCCUGCUAUUUGGGAUCUUGAAGAAGAUGUUCACAAGUUGAUGUUGACUUCGAAACCAGGGCAAUUCCAGCAACUAUUCUUCUCGACAUGUUCAUUGUCUUCGUUAUUCUUGGCCAAACUCUAUGUCACCUACGAUGGUCCAAUUGACGAACUAAUUGACUUGUACGCCGAGACUUCGAAGGUAUGGAUGAAAAAGGGUAAGUUCGCUGUGAAUUUCUUUAUCGAUUUCGCCAACUGGCUUCAAUCCAAAAGAGAAGUGAAAGGUGAAGACUAA